GACCCAGCAGCACAGCUCGAGUUUGCAAAGUAUGUUCUGGAGCACGCCGAGGGCAUGUCGCGGCAGGAGGUCAACGAGAAGCUGCAAAAGAAGCGGUACGACCAAAUGACCAACGAGGGACUGAAGUGGAUCAAGAAGCUGGCAGGCAGCGGCAUCACGGUGCACCGCAGCAACAUUGCAGCCGAGUCGCAGUUCUUCCUGGGCACUGUGUACUCACAGGGCAUCUACGGCGUAGACCGCGAUGACUCGAAGGCGUUUGCGUACUACCAACAGGCAUCAAAGGCGCAGCACGCCGAGGCCAACUACCGCACAGCCGUAUGCUACGAGGUCGGAGUCGGCACCCGGCGCGACGCGGCACGCGCAGUACAGUUCUACCGCAAGUCGGCAGCACAGAGCAACGUGCCUGCAAUGUACAAGCUGGGUGUCGUCCUGAUCAAGGGCCUGCUGGGCGUGUCGCCAGCGCCGCGCGAGGGCAUCACGUGGCUGAAGCGCGGAGCAGAGAGUGCGACAGCCGAAUGCCCACACCCGCUGCACGAGCUGGGGCUGUGCCACGAGCUAGGCGGGAUUCCGGGCCUGAUCCCCGACGAGCGGUAUGCACGCGAGCUGUUCAUCAAGGCGAGCAAGCUGGGAUACGUGCCGUCACAGGUGCGGCUGGGCCAGGCAUACGAGUACGGCACACUGGGCUGCCCUGUGGAUCCGCGGCGGUCGAUCGGGUGGUACACGCGCGCAGCGGAGAAGCGCGACCCGGAUGCUGAGCUGGCGCUGUCUGGGUGGUACCUGACAGGAGCCGAUCCGUUCCUGCCGCAGAACGACACCGAGGCGUAUCUGUGGGCGCGCCGCGCUGCCGACAGCGGCCUGGCCAAGGCUGAGUAUGCGGUCGGGUACUAUGUUGAGUGCGGGAUUGGCGUCAGCUCGCCCGACGUCAACGAGGCGCGCCAGUGGUAUGUGAAGGCGGCGCAGAAGGGCAACCGCCGUGCAAUUCAUCGGCUCGAUGAGCUGAAGCGCAUGGGUGUGCAAGGCUCGACGCGCAGGAACAUGGCGCGCCCGCGUCGGGGCAACGGCGGGGCGCCUGACGAGGGGUGCAAGCCCAUGUAG